AUGAACAGGAGCACGGUCGAGAGCCGCUUCCUCUCGAAGCCCGAGGAGCUUGGCGUCACCGCCGUCGGCUUCUCGGGAGGCCAGCCCAAGGCCGGCGUCGACGUGGGCCCGGCCGCGCUCAUCGAGUCGGGCCUCCUCACGGAAAUCAGGGACGAGCUCGGGUACAAGAUUGUGGGCGACACGGCCGUCAACCUCUACAAGGACCUGGUGCCGACCGAGGACCCCGACUACCGCGGCAUGAAGAACCCGCUGACGGUGUCGGCCGUCAACCGCCGGCUCGCCGACCAGGUGUACAAGCACGCGUCCGAGGGCCGGCUCGCCCUGACGCUGGGCGGCGACCACAGCAUCGCCAUCGGCACCGUCUCGGGCACGGCGAGGGCCAUCCGCGAGCGCCUGAACCGCGAGAUUGCCGUCAUCUGGGUCGACGCGCACGCCGACAUCAACACGCCCGAGGGCUCCGACAGCGGCAACAUUCACGGCAUGCCGCUGGCCUUUGUCACGGGCCUCGCCAAGGACGAGCGGGAGGAGUACUUUGGCUGGCUCCGGGACGAUAUGCGGCUGAACCUGAGGAAGCUCGUCUACAUCGGCCUGCGCGACGUCGACGCGCACGAGAAGCAGAUUUUGCGCGACAACGGCAUCAAGGCAUUUUCCAUGUUUGACGUCGACCGCCACGGCAUCGGCCGCGUCAUGGAGAUGGCGCUCGCUCACAUCGGCGCCGACACGCCCAUCCACCUGUCCUUUGACGUCGACGCCCUUGACCCCAUGUGGGCGCCAAGCACGGGCACGCCGGUCCGCGGCGGCCUGACGCUCCGCGAGGGCGACUACAUCUGCGAGGCGGUGCACCUGACGGGCCAGCUCGUCGCCAUCGACCUCGUCGAGGUGAACCCGUCGCUCGCGGCCACCGAGGCGGGCGCCAACGAGACGGUGCGGGCCGGCUGCUCGCUCGUGCGCUGCGCCCUCGGCGACACCCUGCUGUAG